AUGACCGUUCGGUUGUCGCUUCCAUCUUCAUCGUCGCGGUCAUCGUUGGCGCGCUCGUGGCGGCGACGGCCGGCCAGCACCACUGCGGCUCGAGCCCAACCGUUGCCUUUCGGGCUGGAGCAUCGUCUCUCUGCCAGCUUCCCCCCGCCGCCGACUGUCCAUCCAGAGGCAGCCCCGGGGCCCCCCGCGGCGGGCCAGCCCGCGAUGCUCUCCGCGGCGCGGCGGUGCGGCGGCGCCGCGGCCGCGGCGGCGGGGGCCCGCGGGAACGCUCGGCGCGCGCCCGCGGCGGCCGCCAGGGACUUCGCGUCCGAGGCGCCCCCGUCGGGUCAGCAGGCCAGCCCCUUCUCGGUGCUGGAGCAGCUGGGCCGCGAGACGACGCUGAGCAAGGCGCAGGAGGCCGCCCAGAAGGUCGGCGAGGUGGCCUCCUCGGGCAGCCCCGCGCCGCUGCUCCAGGAGCUGCAGGGCCUCGCGCAGGCGAACGCGGAGGCGCUCGGCCGGACCGCCGUCCCCAUCUGCUCCGCCGUGCUCAUUCUGAGCCGGUCGCCCGGGGCGCCGCUGAGCGAGGCGCAGCAGGAGAAGCUCGCCGAGGCCCUGCCCGCCCCCAUGAUGGACAUGCUGAACGACCUGGUGAAGGUGGUGCCCGAGGACCCCGUGGUGGAACAGCUGAAGCGCAUCGGCGACAAGCUCGACACCCUCGAGGCCAAGCUCGCCGCGGCGGCGCCGCCCGAGCCGGUGAAUCCGCUCAGGCUGCCCAACUUCGCCUUCGCGUGGCUAGACUUGAUCAGCAACCGCAUGUUCAUGCCGAAGCUGCUCAACAGGAAGGGGCCGCCCACUUCGCGGCUCAUGUUCCAGCGCCUGGUGGUGCAGCUGCUGUGCGCCGCCCGCCCCUCUCCCGCCGCCUCGCCUGCCUCGCCCGAGCAGCCCCCCGCCGCCUGCCUCGCGCGAGCGCCGGGCGGGCGGGGCGGCGCCCAGGGCGUAC